UGAAAUGUACCGAUGCACUUUGCUAUUAAAAGAUAAAGACAGAUAAGAGGACCAAACAACUCCCUUUCGACUAAAAAACCGCCAUUUUGAUUGUUACAAAACAACAAUAUCGCUAGAUUAUUAAAUUUCAUUUUCGUUUAGUGCCACUACGUCUUACGUUGAGAAACAUGGCAACGGCGAUGUCUUGUUUAAAAUACCUUCUUCUCAUACUAAAUUUUAUUGUGACGAUUUUAGGCCUUUGUUUAACAAUAAUUGGGAUCUUGGUCAGUGUUAAUCCGGAAAUACUCGAAAUAAGAUCUCGCCUACCUCUGAGUAAUAUCAGCCCGGCGAUAUAUCUUGCUAUUGCGGUAGGAGUUCUUCUAAUCAUUUUGGGAUUAUUCGGAUGCUGUGGAGCGUGGUUCGAAAAUAAGUGUAUGCUUUGCGUCUACAUAGUCAUAAUGGUGAUAUUAUUAAUUCUUCAAAUUGUGGUCGCUGCAUUGGUAUUCAAGUUUGCUUCGGAUUCUGCCAUGAAAGAUAAAUUAGAUAAUUACUUGAAAGAGAACAUCAUUGAAAAAUAUAAAAAUAACGCCGAUUUAGCGGAGUUUUUAAACUUAAUACAGCACAAGUUAAAAUGCUGCGGUCUUACUUCUGCACAAGAUUACAUUGAAAAGGAUAUCGAGGUUCCUCUAUCGUGCACAGACACUUCCAAUCCUCCUGACUACUAUAAAAAAGGUUGCACCGAAGCUAUGCUUUCUUUUCUAAAGGAUAAAGCUAAGAUUGUAGGAGGUGUAGCCAUAGCAGCAUUUAUCACUCAGACUGCUGUAAUAGUUAUUGCUAUUUGUCUGUUUUGUGGGAUCCGUCAAGAGGUGUUGAAAGGUAUCGUCUGAAUGUUUUAAAGCUUAUCAGAUUUUACCAUAAUCCUUACUGGAAAACUUCAGCCAUUCCUAAAUAUUGUAAGGAAAUCGUAUGUUUGUUUUUAUAUCCUCUUAAGCAACGCUUGGUGUUUUUAUUUACAAAAAAAAUGUUAAAAUACAAACUUCGUUUUUUUAAUAUGUCCAAUAAAAUGU